CAUCCAUCUAUACUAUACCAACAAGAAGAACUAUAGUAUCUCCCUAGCUCCUAUUAAAUAGGUUUUACCAUAUCCAACCAAAUCCCGGUGGCAACUUAACUUUCCCAAAAGAAAAGAUUUUCACCGUUUUUUUCCUUCACAAAAUAAACUUUGAUCGUCCCCUGAAGCCGGUUGGUUCGGACCGAAUUUCGUCGUGGAAAACAUCCUUUUCUCGGAAUCGGGAGCGAUGCAGAUGAAUGGGUUAGCUGACCGAUUUAGUGGUGUGAUGCUAUAACCUCCCUCGGCUUCUUUGAAAUUUUUUUUUUUUUUGCCUUGCCUUGCCUUGCCUCAUCUUGGUCUUAAGACGUGUGUUAUGAACAGCACAUUGUUUUACUUGGCAUGACCUGAUUCUGACGCCAAGUUUUUGCACUCGCCUGACUCCUUUUUUUAUUGCCAAUCUUGCUUUUUUUCUUUUUUCCUCUUUGCUAUCUGUAUUACUAUACAUGAGGCCAUCGGGGAGCUAUGGCUUAGGGUGUGAUACGGAUCAGUCGAUGAUGACAUUUUCCCGUAUGGCGUUUGGAGCUUAUAUACCGUCUUACUUCACGUUUUCUCCGAGAAGGCAAUAACCUCCAUCUAUACCCGAACAGCUUCAACAUAAUAUCUUAUCUAUCCAUCUAUUAUAUACGAACUCGCAAACAGCAAUUGAGCCAGGCGCUCACGCAAAGAGAGAAGAAAUGGCACAAAUAUCACAAUCUCCCCUCCUCCGCUUACCACUUGAAAUCCGUCUGAUGAUCUAUGAAUACGCCCUGGAUGUGCCAAACGAGUACAUGGACAGACCGCUGAUCGUGGUCAACGAUCGCGGGAAUUCCUUCACAGCGCGGGGCCGCUACCGCGCUCUAUCAAUGUGUCCCAGCUGGGUAGGCGAGAAUGGUAAAGUCCGCAGCCUGCUCUCCGUGAACCGGCAAAUCCACGACGAAGUCGAAGACUUCCUUUACUCGCAUAAUACGCUUUUCUUCCUGAAUGCGUUUAGUCUGGACCGGCUGGGCGCGUUCCUGGAUACGCUUAGUGAGACGGCGCGCAGGCGCAUUCGCAGUGUCGGCUUUGAGAUCUUCUUCUUUGUGCAUUCGCAGACGGGCGUGCCGAAGCGGACCUUAAAGGAGUAUGAGCGUGCCGGGAAGAUUCUGAGCGAGAAACUGCCGAAUUGGAGCAGUGUUGUGUUUUACCUUGAUCCGAGGUUUUAUUUCCCGUCGGCUGCUGUUGGGGGCAGGGAGCUGUCGGCUAGGGGCGUUUGGUAUCUGGCGACGAAGUUUGGGGCGAUGAGGAAAGAGAUGCAGUUUUUUGCGCUGCCGUCUAUUCAUCGGCAUGUUAUGGAUGAGGCCAAGAGGAAGAUUCAGAUGGGGAGGAGGGGGUCGCAGGAGCGCGCGUUUCUUUAGCGUGUGAUCCUUCUCUUAUUUUUCUCUUUUUAUUUCUUAUUCCUUGAUUUCCCCCUUUUGAAUGGGGUUCAUUAUCAGGUUUUCGGUGCAUUAUACCUAGUCGCACUCUCUGCUUCAGGGGGCUUUUUGGGGUUUCACUUGGGGAUUUCAAGGGUGGGGAAAGCAUUAUCCCCGUGGAUUGGCGGUCGAUGCGCCAUGACGUUUUUCGAAACUAGAUGCGGAGAUAAUAACGUCUCUGUUCAUUCUCCACCCACCAUAUUAAUUAUGUCUCGGAGUCCCUUCAUCGGGCAGGUUCAUUAGCGGGAGUUUUCAGGUCAGAUGAGAUUGGCAAGGAAAUCAUGGUUUCGGGCGCAAGGAUCGUGUUCAAAAAGGGUUACAUAGCAUGUCUUAUAGAUUUCGGUAUAAUAAUAGACUUCCAUUGCUCAGAUGA